CCUUCCUUCCCUGGCUUUCAUACGUGUCCCUGUAAAUUAGCCAAUCCCUAAUUUGGCCAUCAGCCAUGACCGUGUCCAUUUCUGCUAUAUAUACCCCUCUCUUCUCCCAAAAUCCCCUCUUUGUCCCCACUCCCAUUUCUAAGCUCCCAAAAGUCAUCUCACCAUCGCCACAACCGCCGCCGCGCUCCUCCGUUCUCUGCCUCUCUUCGCCUCCAGAUAUGGAUGCCACUACAGGUCCAAGUCUCUACCCGUUGCACCGAACUAAAACUCUUCACCUGGUAAGGCAUGCACAAGGGAUUCACAAUGUGGAAGGCGACAAGGAUCAUGCGGCAUACAUGUCUUAUGAUCUUUUUGAUGCACAUCUUACCCCUCUUGGCUGGAGUCAGGUUGGUAAUCUGCACAAGCAUGUUCAAGCAUGUGGACUUUCCAAGAAAAUUGAUUUGGUCAUAACUUCUCCUUUGUUAAGGACCAUGCAGACAGCAGUGGGUGUUUUUGGGGGUGAAGCAUACACAGACGGGAUAGAUGUACCUCCUCUAAUGGUUGCAAAUGCUGGAAACAGUGACCAUCCUGCAAUUUCAAGUCUAAACUCCCCACCAUUUAUAGCAGUGGAGCUUUGCCGGGAACAUUUGGGUGUUCAUCCAUGUGACCAAAGGAGAAGCAUUAGCGAGUAUCGGCCUCUUUUUCCUGCAAUUGAUUUUUCACUGAUAGAGAAUGAGGAUGACAUCUUGUGGACGCCUGACGUUAGAGAGUUAAAUGAAGAAGUGGCAGCUAGGGGACUGAAGUUUUUGAACUGGUUGUGGACUCGUAAAGAGAAAGACAUUGCAAUUGUUUCGCACAGUGGAUUCUUGUUUCAUACCUUGAGUGCUUUUGGAAAUGAUUGCCAUCCGUCUAUCAAGAGCGAAAUAUGCACUCACUUUGCUAAUUGUGAGCUUCGUUCAGUGGUAAUUGUCGAUAGGAGUUUGAUGGGGUCUGAUUCUUCAACAACUAAUUAUCCUGGGAAGAUACCUCGCGGGCCUGAUCUUCCUAGUGACGUUGCCGAUGAGAAGCAUUCGGAGAAGGAUGCUUCCAAGUAAUUAUAGCCAGUCCAUGAUGCUGGAUGGAUAGUCUUACAUAAGUAAUAUGAUUCUUCUGAAGCCCUGAUUUUUCCGGGGCUGGUGGCUCAUUUUUACACCGGAGACGGAAAUUUAGUCGUUUUAAAAGGUUCGGGAUAGACUCGGAUAGUCUCGGGCUAACCCGAAUAUUGUUGAUUGUUUUACAAGUUACUUGUUUUUAGAUCACACUUUUGUCUUCCUCGUCACAUAGACACAAAUAGCAGACGUUCUUUGAUUGGAACAUACUUAUUUGUUAAUGUCUUAAGCGAUAGCUUGAAGGGCAAGGUUUAUAGUAUGCCCCAAUGAAACUUGACAAGGUGAAUACUUACGAGAACAUUUGAUAAUGUUUUUGUUUUUAA